AUGUGUAUUGUUAAUGGUCGAUCUGGAAUGCCAGACGACAUGGGUAAUUUCACGUGUAUGACACACAACGGUGAAAGUUUAAUUGACCUUGUCCUAACAAAAUACUCAAAUUUUGCUUAUCUCCGAAAUUUCCAAGUGCACGAAUAUACAGAAUUUUCAAAUCAUACGCCCGUUUCAUUUGUGCUACAUAUAGCUACGAGUUAUGUAAGGGAGACAACUCGAACUAAGGUCCAAUACAGAUGGAACGAAACUUUUAGAAACGAUUUCAGAACGGAUAUUUCUCUAACAAUUCCGGAACUAAAUACUGUUCUCGGAAAUGACGAUGUAUCUGUAGAUAAAAAGGUGGAUUAUUUUAGUAGCAUUGUUACAGACAACGCAGAAAAAUACUUUAAGAAAUGUGUCAAAUGCAGUAUGCCUUCGUUUGUCGAUAAAGAUACGGAAAGGAAGAAAUGGUUUAAUACGGACUGUAUAGACAAGCAACGCAAAUAUCAGGCAUCAUUAGCAAAGUAUUUGAAUAAUAGAAACAGUAGUAAUCUUAAUGAACUACACACAUCAACGCGAGACUACAAAAUAUGUGUCAAACGAUCAAAAUACAUAUAUAAUCGCGAGCGCUGUCGGAAAAUGUACGAUAUGAGAAGGCUAAGGCCCAGGGAUUUUUGGCGAAUGUUUAAAACAAGACCGACAUGCUUCAACGACUCCGUCUCAUCGGAGGAUCUGUUUGAGCAUUUCAAAUCUCUGUCGAAACAAAACAUAGAAGACAAUGACGAUUUUAGUGAUUACUUGAAAAUUUUUGAUGGUAUCAGCACAGGGAAUAACUCGUGUACAUUUGAAGAAUUAGAUGUCCCAAUUACAUACGAAGAAGUUAAUAAAGCUUGUAAAAAUUUAAAGCGUAGCAAGUCACCAGGCUUAGAUAAUAUCAUUAACGAAUACUUCAUAGAAGCCUCAGAUAUACUAACUUGGCCAGUAACAAUGCUAUUUAACAGCAUUCUUGAUUCUGGAAAAUUCCCAAGGUCAUGGUCACAAGGAGUCAUUGUUCCUGUCUUGAAAAAACAGCCAUCGGAUAACUCUGGCAAUUACAGAGGAGUAACGCUUACAAGCUGCUUUGCAAAACUAUUUACAACAGUUAUAAACGAACGUCUUAAGACAUGGUCUAUACAAAACGAUAAAAUAACUGAUGCGCAAAUUGGAUUUCGAUCGGGACAUGGUACUACUGAUGCCAUCUUUGUUUUGCAGACUUUGAUUGACUACUACUUGAAUAGCGGAAAGCGAGUGUACUGCGCCUUCGUCGAUUACCAAAAGGCUUUUGACUCUAUAUCAAGAAGUGCUGUAUAG